AUGUUCUUGUCCGCGUUCAGUCCUACUGUCUCUGAGCUCUCACUUGCUCCGGACGACGAAGGUGCGCUCGUAGCUGGGUACACCUUGGGUCCCAUCGUCGGCCGUGGCGGUUUCUCCAUCAUCCGCACCGCAUCUUCAACGCAGGGCGGGACUGUCGCUGUCAAAAUUGUCCGACAUUCGGAUCUUGACAAGCAGCCUGACCCCGCCUUGGCGCGCAAGAGCUUGGAACGGGAAGCACAGGUGUGGGCUUCUCUCAAUCACGAACACAUCCUCCCGCUCUUCACCGUCAACCAUACCCCGUACGCCGACUUCUUUUUCACCGCGUACUGUCCUGCAGGGAGUCUCUUUGACAUUCUCAAGCGGGACGGGCGGCCGGCGCUGCCGCAAGACGACGCGGGCAUGAUGUUCAGGCAGGUGGUGCGGGGGUUGCGGUACAUGCACGAGGUGGCGGGGUUCGUGCACGGGGACCUGAAGUUGGAGAAUGUGCUUGUAGACGAGAUGGGUGUCUGUAAAAUCGGCGACUUCGGAAUGGCACGAAAGAUCGGCGAGACCGACGACGACGACGUCGAGCCCGACGCCGGUGACGGCGUUACCAGAACGCGCACGCUCUCCCAAGCCCACCCGCCAUCGUCCGCACACACUCACCGAUCGCUUGGUAGGUCUGCGACGGGGAAGCUCCCCCCGCACCUUUCCCUCAGACUGCGCCAGGGGCUCCCGACGCGCCAUCGCACCUCGAGUCCUUACCCCGCAUCGGGUUCCCCAACACCGCUUCCGAACCGGGGUUUCGCCCCCGGGUCGCUGCCGUACGCUGCCCCUGAACUGUUACUUUCGCCAAGUAGCACUACCCCAUACGCCGCCCACCCUGCACAAGAUAUAUGGGCGCUAGGCGUGAUGCUAUUCGCCCUGCUCACCGGGAAGCUGCCCUUCUCCGAUUCGUUCGAGCCUCGGCUACAGAUGAAGAUUCUCCAUGGCGCGUUUGAGAUGCCGCAGGGCAUCGGACGCUGUGCUGAACAGGCCCUGCGCGGGUGCAUCGAGCGUUCGGUGCCGAACCGGUGGACUGUCGCCAUGGUCGACGAGGUUGCGUGGGGCAUCGGC